GUGAUGUAGGCUCUAGAGCAAGAGCAUGAGAGUGGGAGACAGAUAGAGGGAGCAUGUGAGGUACAGAAGAGUAAGGUAGAGAGGAAGCGAGAAGGAGAGAGAGUGUGUGUGUUCAUUUCACUUCCUAAUAGAUUUUCAGGAGAAUCUGUCCUCCACUGCAGAUGAAAAGAGCUCUGAACAGAUUUCUGCAGUCAUUAUCUCUGGUGAAGGACCUAUUGCACUUUUUGCAAAAACACUUAACCACCUCACAAAGCAGCUAACAACCAUGGAGACUGCCCUUUCCACUCCCCAUAAUAUCCAGAUAAGCGAAGUUUCCUGCGACUCCUUCCGUAUCGCCUGGGACAUGACUCCUGAGGAUACUGCCAGGGCUACGCACUUCUUUAUAGACCUAAGUCGCAAAGAGGGCAGGGACCCCAACCGCUUCAAACACAGGGAUGUGCCUACCAAACUGGUUGCCAAGGCAGUGCCCUUACCCAUGGCAGUGAGGGGUCAUUGGUUCUUGAGUCCACGGACAGAAUACUGCGUUGCUGUGCAGACUGCAGUGAGACAGGCAGAUGGAGAGUACCUGGUGUCUGAAUGGAGCCAGGUGGUGGAAUUCUGCACAGGGGAUUAUGCCAUGGACCACCUCAAGCAGCUCCUUGGUAAAGCGCAGGGUUCCGCAGGAAGAUUGCUGAGGUUCUCUGUGUUCUAUCGCAACCAGCACCCUGAUUACUUCCACUAUGUCAGAAUGGAAUGUGGGGGACUGAUGCGCCCAGCCCUGAAGGACAACAGUGGAAGCCACGGCUCACCUAUCAAUAGCAAACUGAAGGGAGUCUUCCUCAGCUGCAACACUGAGUUUGACACAGGUCUUCCUCCAAACGACUCCCCCUAUGGCCCCCUGCGUUUCCAGAUCCCAGCAGGGAACCUGCUGAAUAACGACACCAAUCUUUACUUUGCUGACUUCUACUGUAUGUACACAGCCUAUCACUACGUGGUGUUGGUGCUAGCCCCUGCUGGCUCAGAUGGGGAUAACUUCUGUCGUUGCAGUCUUCCCCUGCUGGACCUGACCGCCAACCCCUUUUUGACAUACAUCCCUCCCCAAAGGCCGGGGGAAGAGCCCCUGUUUUGUCACGCCAGUGACGUUAUCCUGGAGGUGCUCUAUACAGAGCCACUGCAUCUGGAGCAGGGCACAGUGGUGGAGAUCAGUGGCCACCACCAAAUGAGCCAGACCACAGCCAAUGCCAAGAAAGAUCCCAGCUGCAAGGUGUGCAACAUCAGUGUUGGCCGCUGAGCGGACAAGCUGGACUGACAGAGUGUAGGGACGAUGGGUAUUGGCACUGUUGCAAAUAAAAUGUAUAGAAAUGGGCUCAGCGAUUUAACUCAUUUAGUAGUGGUUACCCAAAAGGGACAUUCCAUCUUUUGGGACACGUGCAUGCGGCUUCCCCCUUGGCUACUAGUAUUCCAAAUCCCCAGAUAUCUUCAGUUAACACAUGGAAAUGUUGAUGGACUUACAACGUUAUGCAAAGGGCCAUAGGGUUCGGCCACCCACUACAAUCUUCGGUUUCUAGCGGUUGGAGGACUAAAUCGCCUCAAGCUUAAAUGCACUGGAAAACAACAGAACGUUUUGUUUUUAAAUAUACCCUUUCAGGUAGCCCACCUCUCAUUUUUAUAAAAAUGCAUGGAGGUUAAUUUUGUAUUUAUUUCAAUAAUGUCAUGUGCUGUCCUGUAUGGAAAUUGUUUUAGACAAGUUGCAAAUAGUGAAAUUCAACUUCCACUACAAUCCAGACAUCAUUUAAUAUUAAAUUGUUCUUUUUUUUUUUUA